UGCGGGGCAAGGGCACCGGCGGAGAUCUCUUCGUUUCAAUACACCAAAAGCAAGAUGUUGUCGACCUCAAGAAUUUCACACAAAUGUUUGAAGACCGCCUCAGAUCUGUGCAGUUCGAGAAGUCUUUCCAGUUUUUCCCGAAAGGCUCCAGCUGCUGCAGUAAACUCUAAAAAUGAACCAGUUCAGUACCAAAGCAAGAGGCAUGCGUCUGAAAAAGUGAAGGGACAUGUGAUUGGUAUUGACCUUGGCACAACAAAUUCCUGUGUUGCACUCAUGGAAGGAAAAAGUGCCAAGGUCCUGGAGAAUUCUGAAGGAGCACGUACAACACCCUCAGUUGUAGCAUUCUCUAAAGAUGGCGAACGUUUAGUCGGAAUGCCAGCCAAGCGACAGGCAGUGACUAAUGCUCAAAACACAUUUUCUGCCACAAAACGUUUGAUUGGUCGCCGUUUCACAGAUGCUGAAGUGCAGAAAGAUAUGAAAACAGUUUCUUACAAGAUUGUGAAAGCAUCUAAUGGUGAUGCUUGGGUUGAAGGUAACGGCAAACUCUACUCGCCAAGUCAAGUUGGAGCUUUUGUUCUGAUAAAAAUGAAAGAAACUGCAGAGAGUUACCUUGGUCAGAAUGUGAAGAAUGCAGUCAUCACAGUGCCUGCAUAUUUCAAUGACUCUCAGAGACAGGCUACAAAGGAUGCUGGUCAAAUUUCUGGACUGAACUGCCUCCGAGUCAUCAAUGAACCAACAGCAGCUGCUCUGGCUUACGGAAUGGAUAAAACAGAUGAUAAACUAAUUGCAGUGUAUGACUUAGGAGGAGGAACAUUUGAUAUUUCUGUGCUAGAGAUCCAAAAAGGUGUGUUUGAAGUGAAGUCCACUAAUGGAGACACCUUUCUGGGCGGGGAAGACUUUGAUAACCAACUUGUCAAUUUCUUGGCUGCUGAGUUCAAACGGGACCAAGGACUUGACAUCACGAAAGACAAUAUGGCCAUGCAGCGAUUAAGGGAGGCUGCAGAGAAAGCGAAAAUUGAACUGUCUUCUUCACUUCAGACUGAAAUAAACUUGCCAUAUCUAACAAUGGAUGCUUCUGGUCCCAAACACAUGAACCUGAAACUUUCAAGGUCAAAAUUUGAGUCCAUCGUUGAAAGUCUCAUCAAACGUACAGUCGGACCCUGUCAGAAGGCCAUGCAGGAUGCUGAUAUAAAAAAAUCUGACAUUGGAGAGGUCAUUUUGGUUGGUGGAAUGUCCCGAAUGCCAAAGGUGCAGUCAACAGUUCAGGAACUGUUUGGUAGACAGCCCAGUAAAUCUGUAAACCCAGACGAGGCUGUAGCCAUAGGUGCUGCUAUCCAGGGAGGUGUCUUAGCAGGAGAUGUGACCGAUGUUUUGCUGCUAGAUGUCACCCCUCUGUCUCUUGGUAUUGAAACUCUUGGAGGAGUGUUCACCAAGCUGAUUAACAGGAACACUACCAUUCCUACCAAGAAAUCACAAGUGUUUUCGACAGCAGCUGAUGGGCAGACCCAAGUAGAGAUCAAGGUACACCAGGGUGAGAGAGAGAUGGCCAGUGAUAACAAACUCUUAGGACAAUUCCAGCUGGUUGGAAUUCCCCCAGCACCAAGGGGAAUCCCUCAGAUUGAGGUGACCUUUGACAUUGAUGCCAAUGGUAUUGUGAAUGUAUCUGCCAGAGACAAGGGAACUGGAAAGGAACAACAGAUUGUAAUCCAGUCUUCAGGUGGUCUUAGUAAAGAUGAUAUUGAAAACAUGAUUAAGAAUGCAGAGAAGUAUGCUGCUGAGGAUAUCAAGCGAAAAGAAACUGUUGAGGCCAUCAACAAGGCUGAAAGCAUCAUCCACGAUACCGAGACAAAAAUGGAAGAAUUCAAAGCCCAACUACCAGAUGAAGAGUGCCAGAAGUUGAAGGAACAGAUUGCCAAGACAAGAGAAGUUUUAGCCAACAAAGAAAAUGAGUCUCCAGAAAAUAUAGUGUCUGCAACAAAUGAAUUACAACAGUCAUCAUUAAAAUUAUUUGAAAUGGCUUACAAAAAGAUGGAAGCAGACCGAGCAAAUGAAGCAGGUUCAUCCUCAUCUGAAUCAACAUCACAAGAUGGGGAGGGAGAAGAGAAGAAAGAGGAAAAGAAUUGAUGUACUGUGUGAUAAAUGUUGCUACAAAAACUCUACAUAUAUGUUAAAAUACAGCCACCAGAAAAUUCCAUCAGCUGUCAAAGUGGUAUCAAAUUUAACAUUAGGAACAUUCACUUAAUAUUUCUUGAAGAAAGUCGACAUGACUAUGUGAUAUCCAAGUUGAUACUACAGUGUCUAUAAUUUAGAGAAUUGUGUGUGUGUGUGUAUGUUUGUAAGAUAUAGCUGUAUCAACUCGAUUGUUUUGUUCAAAUUAUAGUUUAUUUAAAUAAAUUUUUUUCUCCAGUGGAUAUUUGGAAUUGAUAGCAAAAUUACUGUCCAAUAAAUAGAUUGCAUUAAAUCAUUGCCAACAAUUUGCUUUAGAAUUCAUUCCAUGUACUUGAACCACUGAUUGAAAUCAAACCAUUGUGCCCAGGUUAAUAUGGAGAAGACCAUCAUAUUCUUAAAGUACAAUAGUGAUUGCAAUAUGACUUUUUUUUUUUUUUUUUGUUUCUGGUUCAACUUGUCUGGUUGACAAUUGCACAUGGGCAGCUUGUUAGCUUUGGUGUGUGAGGAGUCUUUUGAGAACUUUGAGAGGACAUAGAGUUGCUUGAUCAUAGAUAAGAUGUAUCAGAAAUGGUUACCACCUGGAUGGUUCAGGUGUUUUCUUAGUCAGCGGCCAUGAUGUGUUUUGAGCAGGUGAUAGAUAGUUAAGAUCUUUUUGGAAUCACCGGGAAUCACUAGUGCUUUGGCCCCUUCUAACCAAUUCUGAGUUGUCUUGUUAAUUGUUGGAAUUUCUGAUCAUGAAAGAUUAUGAUAAAUGUUUGAAGCUGGAAUUCACAUAGCUCUGAGAAUGAUGUCAAGGUUGUAACAAAUCCCUGGUACAUGUAUCCUCAUCCUUGAUAAGCUUUUUUGUAGAUACAUGGGCUCUUAUGUUGUCUCAUGAAGAAGCCUUUGUGUGUUCAGAGGUACACUAUAGCACAGGUGUCUUGUUGAGUUCAGGUGUUGUAGGUAGAUGGCUUUAAACCUUGGUAGGAGUAGGUGUAGGCACAACACAUGGCCAGUACAGUGAUAAGGAAAUUUGAUUCUAUGUUAUUGUGAGUAUCCACAGUCAUAUGAUGUCCUAGAAACAUGAGGGAUGAAAUGCAUGAAAUUGUAGAGAAUGUUGGUUUGUGAAACUUUUCAUUAGUCAUAUUACAAAUCAGCUUUAUUAUUAAACCAUUUGUUUAUCAUAUUUAAAUUUGAAUAUGUAACAUAGUGUACAGUAUGUUUGUACAGUAAUUAUUCUACUGCCACACAAUAAUGCAGUUUGAAAAAUGAACAGUUGUUAGAAUUUAAAGCAUUUAAUUGAUCAAAAUUGUGAAGGUGUUUUGGUAGAUAAAACCAUGAUUAUACUGUAUUGAUUUCAUAAAUUGCAUUAAUAUCUUUUUAGUUUGAAAACACAAGCACUUAAAAUUUCACCAAUCAAAAAACUUGUAAUAACAAAAAUUUAAUCUGUACAUGUGCUUGCCUUGUAUGAAUCAAAAAGUGAUAAACAAAUUCAAGCUCUAAUUGUCUGUUUGUUGCCUUUUGAUUCAUAAAAUGCUAAACUGUGUUUGAAACUAAAUUCUCUUACAAUUUGCUAAUUUACAUGAAAUAAAUUUGCUAAUUCUGAUAAUGUAAUUCUUUUGCCAAGGCAAUACUGAUUCUGUUUCAAAUAGAUUUAUUAGUUCUUUAGAUAAAGACCUGUUUGAUAUAAAAGAGUGUAUGUUAGGAUAGGUAAUGAACAAUAUUGGCAUUUAACAAAGUUUGUUUCAAUUAAACUUUUUUAAUGUUGUAUACAACAGAUUUUUCGUAUUAUGUUUUGAUGUCUUUCCUGUUCACGUGAUACAACUGGUACCUAUGAUCUACAAUUUUCUCAUCAACAUCCAUUGUAGAUACAAUUCAUUAAAAUUGAACUGACUCUGAGCCGUUUACAUUGUAUGGGGUACUAAGAUUUGGACCAGUUCAUACUACUAUCAUUACAUUUUAUGAUGGAUAAAGACAGAUGUAAGAUAUUAUAUUCAGACUGCAUGUCUAAGAUUUGGUAAAUGUGAAAUAAAACUUCAGUAAACAACA